AUGACGAGCCGGAGAACACUAUCUGAUGAUGCAAUAUCUAGGUUUAUCGCUGAAGAGGAAGAGAGCGAGCAUGAACGAGAGCAAGGAAGUGACAGUGAGAUAGAAGAUAAUUUGAGUGAAGAUGACAUACAGAGUGAUUUCGAAGACGAGUUUAUAGAUGAUGAGGUGCCACAACAAUUGAAUGAUACACAAAAUGAAGACGAUAUAAGUCCGCCUGUAUCUUCAGAGCCCACUGGAACUUCGGAAUCAUCCCGUCGUGACCACCGCAUAAUUGUUCCUGAUCGCCGUGUGCUUAGGGGUAAGAACCAACAUUGCUGGUCGACAAUAAAAGGACAAAGUCGCGGAAGGACAUCUGCCAUAAAUAUUAUUCGCACAAGUAGAGGUCCAACGCGCAUGUGUCGAAAUAUAUGUGAUCCAAUCUUAUGUUUUAAUUUGUUUGUUACCGACGAAAUAGUGGAUGAGGUCGUCCGUUGGACGAAUGUUGAGAUCUCUGUGAAACGUCGAGAUAACAUGAUCAAAGCCUCUUUCAGAGAUACGUCUGUGACAGAAGUCCAAGCUUUGUUUGCGAUACUGACUUUGAGUGCAGCAAUGAAAGACAAUCACUUGUCUACUGAUGAGCUGUUCGAUAGUAGUUUUUCAGGUACACGGUACGUGGCAGUGAUGAGUAGGGAUCGUUUUGAUUUCCUGCUUAAAUGUCUACGAUUUGAUGACAAGUCUAUACGACCCUCUUUACGUCAUGAAGAUCCAUUCAUACACAUUAGAAAAAUAUGGGAAUUAUUUGUAACUCAGUGUAAACUGAAUUAUACACCAGGAGAGCAUGUCACAAUAGAUGAGCAAUUAUUAGGGUUUCGAGGACGGUGUCCGUUCCGCAUGUAUAUCCCCAAUAAACCCAAUAAAUAUGGAAUUAAAAUCCCUAUGCUGUGUGACAGCGGAACAAAGUACAUGCUAAAUGCAAUGCCGUAUAUUGGCAGAGCUACGAACACUAAUGGGAUGCCACAAGGAGAAUUUUAUGUAAAGGAGUUGUCUCGGCCCUUGCAUGGCACAAACCGAAAUAUAACUUGUGACAAUUGGUUCACUUCGGUUCCUCUCGCGAAAUCCCUACUUCAGGAACCGUACAAACUAACCCUCGUUGGCACUUUACGAUCCAAUAAACGAGAAAUCCCCGAAGAACUGAAAAACACUCGGUCUCGUUCGGUAGGCACGUCAAUGUUCUGCUACGAUGGAUGUUUGACCCUAGUCUCGUACAAACCGAAGCCCUCUAAGAUGGUUUACCUGCUAUCAUCGUGUGAUGAAGACGGUGUCAUCAACCCAAUAACUGGUAAGCCUGAAAUUAUAAUGUAUUAUAAUCAGACCAAAGGCGGGGUGGACACUUUCGAUCAAAUGUGUUCCUCAAUGUCAUUUUCGAGGAAAACCAAUAGAUGGCCAAUGUCUAUGUUUUAUGGCAUUCUGAACAUAGCAUUCGUCAAUUCUUAUGUUAUAUAUUGUCACAACAUUCUUGCGAAAAAUGAAAAGCCUCUAAAUAGAAGGGGUUAUAUGAAAAAGUUAAGCGCCCAGUUAUCUGAAUCGUGGAUGAAGGAAAGACUGGAAGCUCCUACUUUGCCAAAGCAUGUGAGAGAUAAUAUCGCAAAUAUUCUUCCGAAACCGGUUGUGCAGAACGAUACAGAUAAUGAAGAAGAACCUCCAGCCAAGAAAAGGCGGUACUGCACCUUUUGCACUAAUAAAAAAAAGAGAAUGUCUAAGAUGACUUGCGUCAAAUGCAGGAAAACAGUUUGCGGCGAACACAAAAAUGAUGUUUGUUUUGAAUGCCUAUCAAACCAAAUUUGA